CGCGUCGAGGGUGUCGCUGUGGAGCCGAGCGGGUCCCUCGCGCGUCCCGUCUGGCGCUCUCGCCAGAUUUCCUGCUCAACCAAUUCAAACAUGGCGUCAGCAGGAGAGGCGGGCAUCCCUGCGGAGAGCCAAGCGGACGCAGCCACAACCGAGGCGCCGUCGACGGAGCUUGCGGUCGGCAUGGACGCGGAGGCUUCCGGGGGCAAGGAGGGUCUGGACGGGGCGAGCGAGGCCGCGGACGCGCUGACCGGCUCCGGGGAUGAGGACAGCGGGCGGCAGCUGGGCGAGGUGGAGCUGCAGUGCGCCUUGUGCACCAAGUGGUUCACCGCUGACACCUUUGCCAUCAACACCGCGACUUGUCUGCCCUUCAUGACCAACUACGCGUUCCACUGCAACGUCUGCCACCACAGCGGCAACACCUACUUCCUCAGGAAACAAGCCAACCUGAAGGAGAUGUGCCUGACGGCACUGGCCAACCUGACCUGGAGGUCCAGGAGCCAAGACGAGCAUCCCAAGACCAUGUUCUCCAAAGACAAGGACAUCAUUCCGUUCAUCGACAAGUACUGGGAGUGCAUGACCACCCGCCAGAGACCCGGCAAGCUGACGUGGCCCAACAACAUCGUGAAAACCAUGAGCAAAGAGCGCGACGUUUUUCUGGUGAAGGAACACCCCGACCCCGGCAGCAAAGAUUCCGAGGAGGACUACCCCAAGUUUGGCCUGCUGGACCAGGACCUGGGGACCAUCGGCCCCUCCUACGACUCCCAGAGGCAGUCGACCCCUGCGCCCGGCACCGCCGCCGCCGGAGGCCUCAACGGUGGAUCCUCUUACUCAGGUGCUCUGGCUGCAGUGGCGGGGAAAGGACGAGGAGCCAAGCGCAAGCAGCAGCAGCAGCAACAGCAGCAAGAGGGCGCCACCGCCGGCGCCACCAAGCGCACUCGCAGCGACCCGCUCUUCUCGGCGCAACGCCUGCCCCCCCACGGCUACCCUCUGGAGCACCCCUUCAACAAGGACGGCUACCGCUACAUCCUGGCCGAGCCGGACCCGCACGCCCCUGACCCCGAGAAGCUGGAGCUGGACUGCUGGGCCGGCAAGCCCAUCCCCGGCGACCUGUACCGGGCCUGUCUGUACGAGCGCGUUCUGCUGGCUCUGCACGACCGAGCGCCCCAGCUGAAGAUCUCCGACGACCGUCUGACGGUGACGGGCGAGAAGGGCUACUCCAUGGUGCGCGCCUCCCACGGCGUGCGCAAGGGCUCCUGGUACUUUGAGGUGUCCGUAGAAGACAUGCCGCCCGACACGGCCGCCCGCCUCGGCUGGUCCCAGCCUCUGGGUAACCUGCAGGCGCCGCUGGGCUACGACAAGUUCAGCUACUCGUGGCGCAGCAAGAAGGGCACCCGCUUCCACCAGUCCCUGGGCAAGCGCUACUCGGCGGGCUACGGCCAAGGAGACACUCUGGGCUUCCUCAUUGUGCUGCCCGAGCGCACCGAGACGGCUCGAGCGCUGCCCGACACCUACAAGGACAAGGCACUCAUCAAGUUCAAGAGCUACUUGUACUUUGAGGAGAAGGACUACGUGGACAAAGCCGAGAAGAGCUUGAAGACCACGAGCCCCAGCAGGAUGGUAUUCUACAAGAACGGCGCCAGCCAAGGCGUGGCUUUCGAGAACCUGUUUGAAGGAAUCUACUUCCCGGCCAUCUCCCUCUACAAGAGCUGCACGGUGUCGGUCAACUUUGGGCCACGCUUCAAGCACGCCCCUGAGGACGUGGCCUUCCAGCCGAUGAGCGACAUGGGCUGGGGCGCCGUCAUCGAGCACACGCUGGCCGACGCCUUGUACCACGUGGAGACGGAGGUGGACGGACGACGCAGCCCGCCCUGGGAGGGAUGAGCCGGUUGGUCGGCUCAGUGCGGGAAUGUCCAACCAAAGCUUUCCAAUGUUCCGUCUGUGUACAUCGCUGCCGUAGUCGUAAAUAAAUACUUCUCUCGGAGCAACAAA